AGGAGAAGUGCCUGAGACGGUAGGGCCGUAAAGCUUUCUGGCAACCAGAGCCGUAAAUGGCACGCGAGGUGGGAAAACAACGUUCGAAACAUAGCUUUAAGCCUUUGCUAGGUGUGGAGGGCAGCCGCUUGAGGGUCUCAGAUAUGGCUCGGCCCUAUACUAGACCAGCCAUGAAGUUCGCAACUCAUCUUAAGCAUUUCUUCCCUCCGGACACUGACUGCUCAAAGCAAUUUCCUUCAUCCAUACAAUUCGUAAAGUGACUUUCAUUCGCUUCACCAUUAUCACACGAUCCUCGCCACCCGCGCCUGUGUUGAAUUCACCUUUCACGAUGUGUUCGCACC